CUCCAUUCAACGACUGACAGCAUUCUUUUUGCAAGUAACAGACUCUCCGACACUUUGUUUGUAUUCUGAUACAUAAUCAUGAUAAACAGUCUGACCAGAAGCAGAAGCAGAGAGCAGUCUACCAUGGAUUUCCACUUGCAAACCAAAGCGUGGGUGCAAGUGUAUACAUUGUAUUAAACAAGUCUCUGUCGCCUUCCCCUUCAGCUUCCAAAAGCAAACAACAAUAUUAUAGUAGAAGAAGAAUCUCAAUCCAUCCAUUUAUAAAUGUCCAAGAGCACAUCAAUUCCACUGCGUUUACUCCCCAACCUGCAAAAAGAAAUCAACCGAAAUAAACAAAUCUUCAAUCACUAUAGAAAGCUUUUAGCUUUAGCCACCAUUGACAUUACCAACACAAUUAACUGCACAUCUCUCUCUCUCCUCUCUCUCUCUCUCUAGAUAUCCUCAACUCUCCUCUUAGUCUCUCUACAGGCUUUCUUCCCAAACAGAGAGACUCCCAAUAAACAACUCACUUAGAACACCCAACUAUAUAAAAUAUCAAAGGAUUCCCCCACCCCCUCGUGUCUUCCGACAUUUAUCUCUCUCUCUCUCUCACUUCCUUUCUCUCCAAGAAUCUAGUAAUAAAGAUGACAAGCUGAUUCCUGUCAAUGCUCUGUCAAUCUGUCUCUUCUUCUCCGGCAUCCCUGCUUCAUUUCUAGGCGAGUCUCCGGCACACAAAUAUCACAACAUACUCCAGUUUUCAUCUUUAUUAACUCCUUUUGUCUCUUCUUCUCUAUCUUUGCCUUUUCUUUUUCGUUCCCAUUCCCAUAUGCUAUGCUUCUUUCAACUAAUAACUGGUGGGUGCCUUUUCUGACGUUUUCAGAACUGGGUGAUUGAUAGAACAGUUGUAUUGAUAAAAGCAAUUCUCUUUCAAGUGAAGGAAUUGCUCAUACUCGGCUGCCAUACAACACAUCAAUGUUGCUGGGGAGGCUUCUCUGGUUACUGUUUUUGUUUGGAGUUCUGGGGGCAGAUAUUUCCUCUGUUAAUGCUUUGCCUCGACAGAUCCUUUUGGAUACUGACGUCGAUACUGAUGAUAUCUUUGCUCUUCUCUAUCUGUUGAAGCAGAACAGAUCAGAAAUGGACUUGCAGGCAAUCACUAUCAACACCAAUGCAUGGACUAAUGCCGGGCAUUCUGUGAAUCAAAUAUAUGACAUUCUUUACAUGAUGGGUCGUGAUGACAUUGCAGUUGGCAUUGGAGGUGAAGGUGGAAUAUUACCAAAUGGUACCAUCCUCCCAGAUGUUGGAGGAUAUCUUCCAAUAAUUGAACAGGGGCUCUCAACUGCUGGAGGUUGUAGGUAUAGACAAGCUAUCCCCUUACGGGGGCGAUUAAAUGUUGAUACAAAUUAUGGAAUACGGAGAGGAUUCCUUCCACAGGGGAACAGACAAUAUUUGCCUCUUCAGCAACCUACUGCACAAAGAGUGAUGAUAGAUACAAUAUCAAAGGGUCCUGUCACUGUACUCAUUAUUGGGGCACAUACAAACUUUGCCAUUUUCCUCAUGAAUAAUCCUCAUCUGAAGAAGAACAUUGAGCACAUUUAUGUCAUGGGUGGUGGUGUGAGGUCUAGCAACCCAACAGGUUGCUGUCCUAAGAAAUCCAUCUCCACUUGCAAGCCUAAACAGUGUGGUGAUCGUGGUAAUCUAUAUUCAGCCUUUAACAGCAACCCAUAUGCUGAAUUCAAUAUCUUUGGAGAUCCUUUUGCAGCAUACCAGGUUUUCCAUUCUGGAAUCCCAGUCACUCUUGUUCCGUUGGAUGCAACAAACACUAUUCCUACAACAGAGAAUUUUUUCAUGGAAUUUGAACAGAGACAACAUACUUAUGAGUCACAAUACUGCUUCAAGUCCUUGAAAAUGAUCCGUGAUAUUUGGGGUUACAACCAAUUCUAUAGGAGCCAUUUCAUGUGGGACUCAUUUACAUCUGGUGUAGCUGUGUCAAUCAUGCAUAACUUGCACAACCUUGAUGGGGAAAAUGAAUUUGCUGAGAUGGAGUAUAUGAACAUUACAAUAGUGACAUCAAACAACCCAUUCGGGAUAUCAGAUGGCUCAAAUCCGUUUUUUGAUGGUCACAAAAUUCCAAUGUUUAAUUUACAGAAAAAUGGAGUACAUAGUGGCCAUGUUCAGAUGGGAAUUCAGGAUCCCUUCUGCCUAGUGAAGAAUGGGAAAGGAAGAUGUCAGGAUGGUUACACAAAGGAGAUAAACGGUACAGAAGCAGUACAUGUUCUCGUUGCUACAAAGGCAAAACCAAAUCAGGAUAUUGGCAGUCUGCUGGAAAGAGAAUUUUUUAAAAGCUUCUUGGAUGUUCUAAACCUCCCUGAGCAAUCUGGAAGAUUUAAUUUUGCAACCCAAUUUCCUUACUAUAAAGAGAUUAUGUACAAACCAGAUUUUGGAACAAGAAAAUUAGGAAAACCUGUUAUUUUUGACAUGGAUAUGAGUGCUGGAGACUUUCUCUCUUUAAUCUAUCUCCUGAAAGUACCUGUUGAAGUAAUAAACCUCAAGGGAAUAUUGAUAAGUCCCACAGGCUGGGCAAAUGCUGCAACAAUAGACGUUGUUUAUGAUGUACUGCAUAUGAUGGGACGUGAUGAUAUUCCAGUUGGUCUGGGAGACAUGUUUGCAAUUGGUGAGGCAAAUCCAUCUUUUCCUUCUGUUGGUGGCUGCAAGCAUGUCAAGGCUAUACCACAUGGAAGUGGUGGGUUUCUUGAUUCUGACACAUUUUAUGGGUUUGCUCGUCAUCUUCCAAGGAGCCCUAGAAGGUAUACAGCAGAAAAUUCCCUGAGGUUUGGACCUCCUAGAGAUACUGAUCAUCCUGAAGUUAGACAACCACUAGCAUUAGAAGUUUGGAGAUCCAUUUUGAGCACAAUGGAUCCAGGAUCCAAAGUUACAAUGCUGACCAGCGGACCUCUGACUAAUUUAGUAAACAUAAUUCUUUCAGAGAAGAAGGCAAGUUCGAUGAUUGAGAAUGUAUAUAUAGUUGGUGGACACAUCACCUAUGACAGCAAGGAUAAAGGAAAUGUCUUCGCAGUUCCUUCAAACAAAUAUGCGGAAUUCAAUCUGUUUCUUGAUCCAUUGGCUGCAAAAAAGGUCUUUGACUCAAAACUCAAUAUCACACUCAUUCCGCUUGGCAUCCAAAGGCAAGUCAGUUCCUUCCGCAAGAUUCUGAAGAGGCUAAGGCUCACAAAAAAGACCCCCGAGGCUGUACUUGCACAGAAAUUUCUGUCAAGGCUAUAUAGUUUACAACAAAAGCAUCGUAGCUACCAUCAUAUGGAUACAUUCUUGGGUGAAAUUCUUGGUGCAAUAAUCUUGGCUGGUCAUAAUCACUAUCUAAAUCUAAGCUUCCAAGUCAAGCCCAUAAAAGUAUUGGCUACUGGUGAUAUAUCCAAAGAUGGACAAAUUAUCAUUGAUAAAAGGACAGGAAAACUAGCCAAAAUAUUGGAAAGUGUGAACCCUAUGGCAUAUUAUGACCACUUCGCAAAUCUCUUGGGUGAAAAAUUGCAGUCUGCUAUGAUUGGUAGCUUUAAUGAGCAGAAAAGAAUCUGGCGUAGAUCACCAAAUCAAACUAAGAGUACUUGCUGAGACAGUAAAAUAUUCUUCAAUAAUAAGAAAUGAUUAUUUUUCUUUGGUUGAUAUUUUGUAUUACUAACGAUGAUCUUUGGAGGAUCAUAUAUUUUGAAUAAAGGCACUUACAGUGUCAAUGAGUUCAAAGAAAGUAGUAGAAAGAAAGGAAAUAUACAACUGAACUUAUCCUUCAUAUACUGAGAAACAUAGUAUCUCUAAUAUCAUCAAGUUUCAACUUCUACAGACAUGUUUAUCAGAAUCCCUGAAAUUAGAAAGGUACAGAAGAUUGACACUGAGUUCACAGGACCGUUCUUGCAUAUUCCUUUUUCAAAUGUGUACUUGAUCAUUAAAUCCUGGUAAACAAUGGCAUUCAUAUUUCUGAAUCAGGUAAAGCAAUUUGUUUUUCCAAAUUCUGAUUUUCAAGCAUUGUAACUUUGAAUUGAAUAUUUCCUGGACAGACUUACAAUGAGCAGGGGCUUGGGUAGAUUCUUAAAGAGUCGUGAGGAAGGGCAGCCCAGCAAAGCAGGGUCUGGGGAGGGACAGAUAUAUGCAGCCUUAUUACCCCCUGCACAUACAGAUAGACUGUUUCCAAGAUUUGAACCCUGGUCACCCAGGUUGCACUGGAGCAACCCAACCGUCGCGCCAAGAUUAGGUGAAAAGCUUGACUGCACUUAUCAUUGUUAUGCAUUGGGUUCACACUUGUGGACCCUUGGCCUCAUACUGCAUGGUGAUGGAACCUAUCAUUUCUGUCAGGCAAAGCCAUCCCUAACCCCAAUCAGAUCAAAUGAAGCAAGCCCCAGGCUUAGACAGUAAAUGUACAAUCACUGCAUUACAAAUGAUAAUCAACAACUGUCAAUAGAAUCUCAAGACUCAUGGUCGGUACAUGACGACAAUUUAUGCUUAGCUGGUAAAUCACAGUUUAAAUGACACCAAAGGGUAGCCAGGGGUCGGCAAGAAAAAUCCUAAAUUUUGGGUUGAAAAAAGAAAUCAAAAAUAAAUUCUGACAAUGACAGAGAAUUGCCAAAGGAAUUGAUGGUUGCAGACUUGCAAUCAUCCAAUGAGGUUGAUACUUGUUAUUUUUACUUAUUAUGUGGGGUCUGUGAGGUGGCAAGUCCCAAAACAACAAUUUCCUGCUCUGCAUCAACAAUCAACUCCAGGAGCUUCCGCCUGUUAUUUUUGCACGUCUUUCAGUUUGCAGGAAGCUCGAAAGACCAAAAAUGGCCUUUUCUUGUUUGUAUUGUAUAGAUCAAAAGACCCAAAGACAAGCGCAUGGAAAGACAAAAAACCAAAAAUCAGAAAGCUUCAAGUGAAGCUUUUGGUUUUUUUUUUCACGCUGAAAAUAGUCUUCCCAACUAUUUUUAACAGUCCCAUAGACCACGACGCUUAACAUUUAACAAACAGUCUUGGUCUUUAAAGGCAAGACCCCAAAAGUUAAAAAGGCGAAAGGUGGAAAGCUAAAUAAAGAAACGUUGAAUGAAUUCAUUUAGUACAGAGCUCUUUGUUCCAUGUCAUGUUUGAACAUGUAAUUGCAGACCAAGAGGCAAAUGCAAAUCCCAACUGAUGGUAAGCAAUUAAGCAUUGACCGUUGACAUUGCCAGACACAUCUGUGAUAUUGUUACAAAGAAAAAUAGUGAUGGGUCAUUAAAUAAUUGAACAAAUUCCCAAAAAUAAUGAAAAAAAUAGCCCUCCAAUCCUCCAUUGCAUUGAUUUUUUUUYUUUUUUUUUUUUUUUUUUUGUUUUUGCAUUGAAAUGCUGUUUGGUAUCCAUUCUCUAUUUCUCCCUAUCUAGAAAUGAACUGUAAAUAAAGAUGUCGACGCAAUUCCCCCACUUGACAGUACUGCCGUCCUUAUUCAAUUAAGUAUAUUAACAACUCUGAUUAAGUAGAUUAAUAUAUAUAUAUUAUAUUCUUGAGAUCCUUCAUCUGCUUGACUCACCAAAUCAUUCAAACCAGAGGACCCAUAUCUGGGUCAGUUGUAUCAGACGGUUUCAAUGUGGUUCCACAAAAUCAGAUAGGUCUCAUUUAAUCACAAUGAAAAUGGUUCCAUAGAUUCAAGAAACCCUGUACCCCAUGGUUAGGUAUGAAGAUGACUGUAAGUCACUUAAACAAAGAUUACUUUCUAAUUUCUAUUUCUACCAGACAAGGACCUUAGAUUGUGUUUUUCUUACCUUGUUAUUUGUUUUUGCUAGCUUACCUAUUUUUCCUUUCAUAUCCCUGGGUGAAUAGAAGAAAACUUGAUCUGAUCAAUUAUUGCUCCUUGCCUGACAUAAUCAUGGCAGAUUAGACCAUGCAAGAUGGAAUAACAGAGAAGAUUAUCAACAUUUCGAUUUGAAAAGGAGAGUGGGUGGGCCGUGGACCUGAUGAGAUGGCAAAAGGGACAAAAAGACUUGCUCAAAUUCUCUCCCCUCUUAUGCUUAACAAUCCCCCAUACAGUUAAAAGAAGAGAACUACCAAUAAGUGAAGCAGAGAAGAUUAUCAACAUUUCAAUUUGAAAAGGAGAGUGGGUGGGCCGUGGACCUGAUGAGAUGGCAAAAGGGACAAAAAGACUUGCUCAAAUUCUCUCCCCUCUUAAGCUUAACAAUCCCCCAUACAGUUAAAAGAAGAGAACUACCAAUAAGUGAAGUAGUUUACAUCUCAAACACCAAAAAAAAAAAAAAA